AUGAAGGAAUUAUUAUUUAUUGUGCUUAUAAGUUGCGGACUUAUAGUCGCAAGUGCACGCCAUUUUGAAAAUGAACAAAAACAUAAAAAUGAACCCAAAGCGUUAGAUCAAGCUGCUGCAGGCACUGAAAAAAAGGAAUCUAAAAGUAGCCAUAAAGAGGAAGGUGGUGGCCAUGAACAUCAUGCAGACCAUCAUAAAGAAGAAGGAGAAAAAGGAGAUAAAGGAUACAAAUCUCACCACCACCAUGACAAAGGAGAACACGGACACCAUGGUAAACAUCAUCACGAGGGCCAUCACGAUGAACAUGGCGGCCAUAAAAAGAAACACCACGACGAACAUGAUAGCCAUGGCGAACAUCACGAAGGGGAACAUGGGCAUAAAGGGGGUAAAUUUGGCCACAAAAAAGGUCAUAAAAAGGGUUCAAAAACCACAGGUUUUCAUCACAAAUCGCAUAAAGAUGAAUAUCAUAAGGAACACAAAUUCUAUGACGAUUUCCACAAGGGUGGUCAUCAUCACAAGCAUGGCGAUUUUCAUGGGAAACAUGACAAUAAGGAAGGACAUCAUAAGAAAGGAGGUCACCACGAAACAGGACACCAUGAAAAACAUCAUGGCAAGAAAGGAAAACAUGAUAAAGGUCACUAUGAUGAAGACCACAAGGGACAUAAGGGACAUCAUGGUCAUGAAGAGCAUCAUGCACAACAUCAAGAUCAUGGUAAAAAGGGAGGUCAUGCUGGGGGAAAAGAAUUUGGUUACAACCAUGGAAAGAAAGCC